AUGACGGACCAAUAUGGCGGAUCUUGCGAUCAAAACAAUCAUGUGGCUACAAAGUCUCCUCCGAGUGACACUAGUAUGUGCUGUGAAGAGUCUGGACAUCAGCUGCACCAUGAGAAUAUGUGUAUCAAAGAGAUGGUGGAGGUUAUAGCCCGCAGUGGAAACCAUGUGAAGAGCCAGCAGAUCGGAGAGGCUGAGCUGACCCUGGAUCAGCGCAAAGAGGAGCUACUGCGACAGUACAAGAGCCGACCCCUUGUGUUUCUGGAAAAGUAUCAUAAUACUUUAAAACCUGAGCAUCUGGCAGCUUUUGCGCAUGUCAGCUCAGAUCCAAGAACACAACACUACAGUAAAGUCAUCGAGAGACGAGCUGCAGGAUGCAUCAACAAAACAAGGGUUAAAAACCACCGCUACGCUGCUCUCCGCUCAUUGCAGAAGGAAGGUGGCUAUUUUAGUGAUGAGCAGAUGCGCAUAAGGGAGCCGCUGCUUUAUGAGCAGUACAUUGGCCAGUAUCUGACUGAUGAAGAGGUACUGGAGCGCUCUCAAGAGGCCAUGCAGGAAAGUGCAUCAGAAGGAUCAGGAGGACUCGCUAACCUGCUGCUGAACUCCUAUCAGGAGCGUCUGAUUCAGAACAGACUGCAGAAAGAACAGGAGAGAGAGGAUGGAGCUGAGGAGGAGGAUGAAGUCGAGGAGGAGGAUGAUAAUCAGAGUCGGGAACAGAGCUGGGAGCCCAAUUCAGCAGAGAAGGCACAACUUAGAGAAGAGUUUAUCAGUCAAAUGCUUCAGCGCUUCCUGGACGGUAAAGACAAAGACUUUAACUACAGUGGGGUGGAUGACAACCCAGACUAUGACAAUUUGGACAUUGUCACCAGAGAUGCGGAGGAUAAGUAUUUUGAUGACGAUGAUGAAGAUGAAGAAAAUAUGGAAUAA